UACGUCUUUAAUUUAUAUUGCAUCGUGAAAAUGUCGCAAGUUGUUUUAAUCGUCGUACUUUGUACAGUUCUCGCUGUGAGAGCCGAUUUCCCUGAUGAUCCCAAACCUUGUAAAUAUGGGGGUUCCAGGUGCAUCGUGAAGCUGAUCAACGAGCUGAUCAGCGAGAAGGCAACGAAAGGCGCUCCUGAUUUCAAUUUGAUGAAACUUGAUCCUCUGCCAGUGCCCACGACGAACGUUAAACAGGGCGAGGACAGUCCAGUCAACAUUGAUUUAACGUUUAGGGAUAACAAAGUCCACGGUAUAAGCACAAUGAAGAUCCGUGAAGUCAAAGGUUUCGGUAAGGAUAUGACUCAAAAACACGAACUGCUAUUAAUUGCGGAAAAAGUAUCCCUGGUGGGACCCUACAUAAUCAAGGGCAAAGUCCUCAUACUACCCAUUAACGGCGAUGGCUUGAGCAACUUGACAUUGGUCAACUGUGAUAUUGCGUUAAGCUUUACGGGCAAGCCACUUGAGAAGAAUGGCGAGACCUAUAUGGAUAUAGCCAAUCUGAGACUUACGACCAAGCCCGAGCGUUUGUAUUACCACUUCAGUAAUCUGUACAACGGUGAUAAGGCCCUGGGUGACAAUAUGAACGCGUUUCUCAACGAUAACUGGGAAGCCAUAUUUUUGGAGGUGCGUCAGUCGAUGCAAUCCGCAUUCGCGGAAAUAUUUCGAACAAUUAUCACAAGCGUCUUCUCAAAGUAUCCUUACGCUAAGUUCUUUGAGGAAUGAAUGCCAUUUUAGUGCCUAUGUUAGUUGUUCUGUUUUAUAAAAUCGAUAAGACCUAGCCUGCGGCAUUUUAAAUAGAUAAAUGUUAAAAUAAAUCAUCCCGUUGACAAACGAUUACUAGAAUAAUUACAGCAAUCCACUAAUAUUUAAUUACUCGGCGGCAAUUGUUGACCUAGCAGUGAUAUAUACUUGAUAAUCUUGGAUUCAUUCAUUGGAAAGAGGAAAAUAAAUAUUAAUUCAUCGAAUCGCAGAUAAGUAACUCAGGAAUUAAUUAAUUGCAAUUAUCAGCGUCUGGUGAGUUAUCGCCGCAUCAUUAUUAUUACUGGCAAAGGCUAGUGCUGACGGCUUUAAAUAAGCAAAUUAGCUAGUUUUCUGCUGCUGGUUUCUGAAGAAGCUUAAAAAAUUAACUUGCUUU